AUGUUGAAACUUGAUCCAAACAUGCCUCUUCCUCAAGUAGAGGAAGACCAUGUGCUCAUCGAGGUGGCUGCUGCAGCACUUAACCCCAUUGAUCACAUGAGGCUUCUUGGGUAUUUCAAGGACACUGACAGUGCUCUACCUACAGUUCCAGGGUAUGACGUUGCUGGUGUUGUGGUGAAGCUUGGAAGCCAAGCAAGGAAAUUUAAGGCGAGGAUGAAGUAUAUAGGACUAUCAAUGAGCAAGGUCUAA